CUUCCAUCAAUGCGACUACUGUGAUAUUGGAAGGGAUCAGGCCCUCAGCAUGGAGCCUUCUUGACAUCGGUGCUGUUUUGUUGUGGCUCGCGCUCUCCUGUUCCCGUCCGAGUGAAAGACAGAGAGAUUGGAUUUCCUUUUGGGUUCGUGCCACGAUACCUUAGUUCUAUGCAGCCCAAACAGAUCAGGUAAUUUUAUCCAUUUGCCAACCAUCCGUCACCUGUUGUUGCAACGCAGCCCAACCCUCCCCGUCUUUUGCUUCCUCCCGCCGACCUGCCCCGCCAUCCCGCCAAAUCCUAGACGACAUCCACCCGGCAGUUUUCCUCUGCGCCGUAUUGCCAACCUCCACUCACCGAGAAACGAGUAAAUGUGUCGCUUCGAGCUAUUAGGCGCUUUCAUCUUGCUUCUCCGUGACUUUGGCGAAAAGUCAAGGUCCAAGAAGCCGCCGCAACCACGCGAAAUGUGCCACAUCCUCCUCCUCCUCCUCCGUCCCUUUCUUUGAACCCACGAUCGAAUCCCUGUCUGUAACCUAAUCCCCGACUAACACCUCGAUUCUCUCCCCUCACUAGAAGCAAACAGCCGGCAUGCUCCACGAAAUCCUCCUCGCCCUCUCUGGGCACCCCUCCCCUCUCCUCCGAACCGACAACACAGAUCCCAAUGCGCUAUCAACGGCAAUCUCACCACCGGAGCGCGAACUCCUAGCCACCGCCGCCCACCUGAGCGACCUCCAUGUCAAACUGCAGAGCUACACCGCCCCCAUCGCCGCCGAGCACCCAUCUACGAUAUGCCGCGCCACGGCCACCGCGAUACAGUCCGUCCACCUAGCCGCUUUCCAGCGCAAGGUCCUCGAUGUCGAGGAGACGAUACUGCGCAAGGACUCCAGUCUUGUCGGCGCCUACAACAUUGUGCCAUUGACGGCCGUUGUGGGGGAGUUUUCCGAGUGGACGAGACGCAUGGAAUGGUUGUGGGAGAUUGUGCAGUUUAUGCUGAAGAAGCAGCAAGGGCAAACGUGUCGCGGCGCACAGCUGAUUGACAGGCUGAGGAGUGAGCUGCAGAGUGGCUAUGUCGAUAUUGAGAGGACGGCUAUGAGCCUCGUAUCCGUGGCAGAGACGGCCUGGCUGAAGCAGGUUUCUGCUUGGAUCCUCUACGGACGGUUGCCGACCUUUGGAGGGGAGGACUUUUUUGUGCAAAAGUCGGAGGAAGGUGACCAGGAAUACAUCUCGGUGCCGGCUUUUCUACCUAACUUUGUAACCCUACCAACGGCAUCGUCAAUGCUCUUCAUCGGCAGAUCGCUCAACCACGUCCGUGUCAAGGGCAGUGUUGAAUCUGGCCUUCAAGGCCUCGAUCACCUGUCUUCACAACUAAAAGAGCUAUCCGCUUUAACCUACCCUCUCCACACGGCGAGCUUCUCGCGCGCCAUUACCUCGAUUCGCCUCACACUCUCACGGACGAUCUUGCUCAAGCUCCUGCCUCUCGCCAAAGUCGUUGAAGCACUGCAGGUUUUGCGAGAAUUCUUCCUUCUUGGCCGCGGCGAAUUUGCCAUGGCUCUGACGCAGCAGGCUGACGAGAAGCUCCGGAGCAGAUGGAAGAGAUCCGACAAUCUCGCGUAUGAGAAGCGAGAAGGCCUCGGCACCUUUGCCGUCAAGGAGGGCGAGGUCGCCGCCGUGCUGGCUAAGACGUGGGCGGCCAUGGGCUUGAUGCAGGGACAGCACGCGGACGAAGACGAGGGGUUGGAGAUUGCAAGGGAGCUUCUGCGGUUGACUCUCACAAAGUCCAAGCCGGCAGUGCCUCUCAAACUCGAAGCAAGCGUAUCACGGCCCACGACGAAAACUCUGGCCACGACACCUUUCCGCAACCUCCUUUUAUCAGUCCCUGUCGUCUUGACGAUGCAGAUUCCCUCGCCCAUGGACAUGUUCCUUACCCCUUCCGACUUACAGAUCUAUUCCACCAUCAACUCAUACCUCCUCUCUAUUCGCCGAGCACACAUUCGUCUCACUGAGCUGUGGAAGAUCACAUCCUUACGCCGGCAUCAUCCGGCAUCCCCAGGACCACCCGCCGGAAGCACUCGAGCAGGGCGCUCUAAGGUGAUACUGCUGCGUCAGCGCUAUACGCAGCGGUCCAAUGCAUUGCGCAGCGCCUGGGUGACAUGCAGCUCUGCGCUAUUCUUUCUCUCCGAGACGGAGGCAUACUUGCAAACGGAAGUAGUGGCCGGCCUAUGGGACGGCUUUCACGACUGGCUGGCUCCCAAGGAAGAGACGGACGGCACUGAAACGGGGCCUCAGGGUGUAUCGACCAAGGCAGCAUCCAAACCUUCGACAGAAGUCGAGGCAGAAUAUGAGGAGGACGACGACAUAUGGCUAGCUCAGAGCACGCCUACAACAAAGUCACCCGAGCGAGCAGAACCAACCACAACCACAGCUCACGACCCCCAGAGUCUCGCCACGGCCCACAGAGCCUACCUCCGCGCCCUCUCCACCCGCCUCCUCCUCACCUUUCCCACCUACACGGACCCGCUGUACAACCUCCUCACGCACACGGAUCACCUCGUCGCUCUGACGCAGCGUCUCCACGCUGUCUGGACCUCGAUGGACCUCGAAGCUGACGCGGGCGUCGUCGACGCCUUUGUGGAUCUCGAGAUUGAGGAAAAGGAGGUCCGCGCCGCGAUCCGCGACGUGGAGAAGCAUGUCAAGGACGGAAUCCGGGACGUGAUUGCUGCGUUGCGGGGCUUGGAGGCAGACCCGGCGGCGUUUGCAGACGAGGAGGAGGGCGGCGAGGAAGGGGUGCUUAGGGAGGAAGGGGAGUAUGUCCCACGGAGGGUCGGUGGCGUGGAGAGGUUAUUGAUGAAGCUUGAUUUGGCAGGCUGGUUUGGCGAGAGGAAGGAUGAUUUCGGGUUCGUGUUUAGUGAGUACUGAGCGCGGCGAAUGGAUACUGGCAUAAAGAGCGAGCAUUUGCAACAACAAGCGGACAUACGCGCAUGGAAUCAACGAAGCAUGUUGCCACCCCCGCAAAGGGCAGCAGAUUUCGCGGAACCUUUCAGACUCCUCUAGAUACCCCUUAUUCGAUGAGGAUCACCAAACGAGGGUAUCAAAGCGGGGAGAAGUAGUACAACGAUGGAAAGGGAUAC